CAGUCUAAUAUGUUUUAUUUCCUGCUGAUGCGUUUACGAAGGUUCAAUAGAUGAAAGAGUGUUUAAGAAAAGCUUUAAAAACCUGUGGACCUCAUAAUAUUUGUUUAUUUAGCAGGUGCUUAAGUACUAUGUUAACGGUUUAGCACAUCCGGUGUGCGAUGUGUGCCGAGGCUCGCUGCACCUCGGUCUCCAGUCGCAGCGUGGCUGGCUUGCGCGGCCAAAAUGGCGGCCGGGAGUGGAGCAGAGAGCUGUGCUAGCGCUUCGUCCGCAACCUUCAAAUCCUCUCUGGACCGCCGAUUCCAAGCAGUGUCAAACACUGCCGACUCCAUUCAGGGGUUGUCUGCUUGGUGUAUAGAGAACAAGAAGCACUACAACCUAAUCGUGCGGCACUGGAUGAAAUGGCUGAAGAAAUCGGCGACUGCCCACAGGUUAAACCUGUUCUACCUUGCCAACGAUGUGAUCCAGAACUGCAAGAGGAAGAACGCCAUUGUGUACCGCACAUCCUUUGCUGAGGUGCUUCCGCAGGCAGCUCUACUGGUGCGGGAGUCAAAGGUGCGCAAGUCUGUGGAGAGGAUCCUGACUAUCUGGUCCGAGAGGAACAUCUACCCCCAGGAGCUGAUCUCGGACCUUAGAGCCAGCCUGGCCAAUAAAGGGACCCCUGCAGUGCCAGUCAACUCCAAAGCCCCUCUAAAGGCCAAGAUUGUAGCAGAAUUUGUGCCUCAGGCCUUCAGGCAGCAGCUCUCAGCAUACAGGAACUCACAGCAGGUAGCUGAGCUGAAGGAGAAGCAGCUGGCUGCCCUGAAAAUGGACAUUUGCAGCACCAGCGCCUUUAAGAGGCUAAAGGACAAGGAAGGUGGUAAGAAGUUUUCCAGGGACUUUGACAAUGAUAAUAGAAAAGUACAGGAGUUUGUGGGCUUCCUGGAGCAGCAACUGAAGGAAGGGCACCACCUGCUGGAGUGGCUGAACAAUGCAGAUGUAUUCUAUGAGAUGCAGUACAGGGAGGUCAAGAUCAUCGCAAAAGCCUACACUUCCUUUGCCAGCCGUGUUUCAAACCUGAAGCAGAAGCUGGAUGCUCUCAAGUCAACACUUCCAAAUUUAGACAGCUCGCCUGUGCCCUCACCCUUGGAAGAUGCGCCGUCCCCUACUGACUCUGAGUCACCCUCCCAUGGCAAUGGUGGGGCAGCGCCAGAGACAGUGCCCAGGGAUCGUGGGAGCCGCUGUGUCCUGGGAGGCGCCCUGUCAACGGGCAACCUUGCACAUGGGCAGUGGGACAACAGGGAUGUGGAAGACAUGGAGCUGUGUGAGGGAGAGGAGCCAGAGGGCACAGCUAUCAUAGUUGAGCAGCGUAUGGAGAAGCCACUCCCCACGAGUGCCCAGACGUUACUGCCAGCCAGGGCGGCUAAAAGCACACAUGAUGUUCUGCCUCCCAGUGCCCCUGCACUGACAGCGCCCCUCAGCUUAGCCAACGUGGACCUGGGCAAGAUCAGCUCCAUCCUCAGCAGCCUCACCUCUGCUAUGAAGGGUGCUGGAAUGGGUUCUGUCCCUCUCCAGAGCCCCCAUUCUGCUCGUGGCCCUGCCCCCGCCCCUGCUGCCAGUGGCUCCCUGGCCAGCCUGCUGUCCCGUGUGGACACCAGCCCCCAGGGCCUCCUGAGUGCCCUCUCCAGGACACAGGGCUGCGGUGCCGAGCUGCAGGAUGUGCCAUCCCUUCAGCAGGUUCCAGUUGUGGGCUCCUCUGUGGCCCCAGGUUCUGUGUCUGUGUCACCCCCAGUCAGCAGCAGCCGUGCUUCCCCUAAGGAUUUGUGUUCUCCAUCAGGUCGGGACUGUGUCGUGCCACUUGGCCUACAACCCGGAGCCCCGGGUGACCAGGGCAAGGAGCAGGAGCCCAGCCCCACUGAGUCAUCCCCUCCCUCAAAUUUGGAAGCCAAAAUACAAAAGUUCCUUCAAGGAAACCCUGGCUUUGCUCUAAAUGGGUCGACCUUGUGUGGGGGGAGCCCAUUGCCUAUCGCUGAGAACGCAGAAGGCACCCCCCUGAGGGACGAAGAGGGAGGAACGCCCACGCAGGACGAGGAGAUGGAGCAGCCUGCCGCAGGGCUGGCCGGGCGAGGAGGUAGUGGCGCCCCUGCCUGGCGGGCAGAGUCUCAGCAGCAUAGCCAGAGCAUUGAGACGUGGGUUACCACUGCUCCUAGUGUGGGGGCAGAAGCUGAAUGCAGACAGGCGGGCAUUUGGAGCAGUGGCUGCUCUACGGAGGGUCUGUCCUCACUGGCUGAGCGCACAGGACGGGGUGCUCCCCUGCCUGCCCCAGAGCCCCCCCGUGAGGGAAGGCAGCCUGCAGCAUGCACAGGUGAAGCCCCACCUCAGCAUCCACCAUCUGCUUUUUUCAACAAGCCUCUGCCUCCAAUUCCCACACUGCCCCCACCACCCCUACAAUUCCUUCCCCGUCCUGGCCAGGGCCAGAAGUGUGGCACACCUACUCCCCCUAGAGCAGAACAGAGAGCAUUUGUGGGGGGUAGAAGCAGUGUGGCUCAUGGAGGCCCUCCUCCCUGGAUAGGCAGCGGUAUGGAAGGUGGUCAGGGGUGCCGCCCCCCUCCCACUGCCCUUUCCUGGCCUAGGGUCCCCCCUUCCCAGUUACCUGCCCGGUCCCCUGGGCCCCUUCACCCUCCCUAUGGAACACACUCUGGGCCUACUUUACUCCCACCCAUGCGCUCUUAUUUUAGUGCCCCCCCAAAACGGGGACCACCUGACACCCCCAGGCGACCUUUCUUACCCCAUCAGCACUGAUGCUUUCAGUGUAACCUCUGAGAAGAUGGAUAAUUAGACAGAUAUAUUUGGGUGGAGUGAGCAAAGGUGCAGGUUUAGCUCAGGAAGCCUCACUUAAGGAUGAGCACUGCACACAUUUAGUUCCUGUUACGCUGGACAGCCAAUGGAAAUGUCCUCCCACAGUGCCGUAAUAAUUUCGAGUUGAAAAGCUUGCCACAUUUUAGAUUGGUACAUAUUUAUUUUGGCCAAUUGGUGGUGGGGGGGGGGCUAUCUUCCGUGUUUAAACUUGCUUAGUCACACCAACUUGGAAUGUAACCGCCAAGCAGAAGCUUUAUUGCAUGUUUUCCAACGCUGUUGGUGUUUCUGCAGCUCUGGGGCACUCUGAUGUUGUGCUGCCACACCCGCAUGUGUAGGCAGCACCAAGCUAAUAAAAAGUUCAUCACAGUUACUAGCCAAGCAUGUGUGAUCCAGCCUUAGCGUCAUAUAUGGCAUAUGACGUUACGUUCAGUAGGACAACCAGACCCUCAAUGUACCAGAUUGAACCCAGUUUGACCCCUUUGUCUAUGCCCUUCUCGUGAGGUCAAUCUCCGGGCUUUGAGGGGAACUGACAGGUUGAUGUAGACAAAUCUGCAGUACUUGCGUGUUCACGUCAGACAUGUUGAAUUUGCACACCUGUUUCUCUGAUGAUUUUUAUUAAAAGAAUCAUUCACUUUUAUAGUAUAUCUCUAAAACCUGUUAUUGCAAUAUAUGAUUGCAUUUUAAAGUUUAUUCUUGAUUCUCAGUCGUGCCUUUUCAGCAAUUUCAUGCGUAUUUUUCUUGCCAUCCACAUUCAUGGUCCCGCUGGCAUCUGCAUGCCUUUAAGCAGGUGUCAUUAAUGAAAGUGACAAAUUGGUAGGAAAUACAGUGAAAUGCCGAAACACACCUCUUACUCCCUGCGUUAGUUGACUUAGGCACUGUGGAGUAGCAUUUUGCAGAGUCGCUGAAUUGGUUCAGAGUAAGUGCCUUCUUUAACGGUACAAUUAAAGUGGCCCUAUUCUAGUAUGAGCCCUAAACAAUGUAAAUAUCUGACACCAUCAUGCUGUAUACUGAGUAGCUUUCCAGAGUGGUUGCUUUUUCCCUGCACAGAGCACAUUUACAAUACUACAAUAAAAAGGACCCUUGACAACCUGUGGCUUCAAACUCUUUAGGCUUUUUUUUAUAUAAACAUUAACAAAAAUCUGGAAGCUGUAAAAACGUGCUGGAUCAAAUGUGUCCACUUUUCGUACUCUGGUGUUUUUCAUCUGUCUUCCUUUUGUUCCCUUCAUUGUCUGCCCACAUCUUCGUCACAAACAUACACACUGCUUGUGUCACUCCCUGCCAGUUCUGUUUACAUCUCCCUCAGAACCUGUCACUGUUUGAGGUCAACAGUUUUUCCAUGUGAGGGUUCCUACAGCCACAUGUGUUAAGCACCAUUUGCUUUUGUCUGCGCAGCUUAUAUACAUAUAUAUAUACAGCACUGACCAAAAUUAAAUUUGACAUUCUUGUAAUUUGCAAAAUGACUGCUUAUCUGAAUUUGCUGUUAUCUUACCAUGAAUAGAGGAAAUGUAUUUUAAUUGUACUUCAGUGAAAACUAUCCCAGAUCACAACAUAAAGGGUUUAAACAAGAAAUUUGAAGUCGGCUUAUGAUCAAAAUUAGAGAACAAGUUAUUUGCUUCUACUUCGGUUGCAAUGUGAAAUAUCUGCCAAUCCUAAUCUAUUUGACAACAUUAGUAGGCAUUUUACAAGAUGGCCGACCUCUCCAAGGUGAAUGACACCCUGCAACAUCAGAUUCUGAAGGCUGAUAGAUGACCCUCUUGCCCACUGGAAGAGAAGUUACUUAAUCUCCAAUAUUGAAGCUGUACAAAGAAAUCAAGUCAUUCAAGUGUUGAAAAAGGCACGUCACCCACGUAAGAUGGACCUGUGAGAGAACAGGACAGGAUAGUAUGGAGACUCUUGGUGAGGGAUCGGUUCAACACCGCAGCUUGCUGAUUCAAUGCUGGACAGGGCAAGAAUUUGUCUCGACAGGGUCUCAUUGCCAGAGGGAAUUUGGACUGAAAGCUCACAGUGACCAAACCACUCAUCAGCAAGAAGAAUAAAAAGGCUAGACUAACCUUUGCUGAAGAGUACAUUUGGUAGACAGAUGAGUUUUGGUCCAAAAUUCAUGCCAGCGUUGAAAGUGUCGAACUGGGGAAAGAUUUCAAUGAAAGUGAAGAAGUCAGUAAAUUUCAGAGGGGGAAGCAUGAUGGUGUUUAGGAUGUUUUCUGCAGCAGCAGUAGGGCCUUUCAUAUGCCUAGGUGAAGGUGUGCUAGAACUAGGCUUGGGCAGUGUCUGUUUUUUAUACCGUCAUACCUUCUAGACAUUUUACACCAGUGUACGGCAUAUAACUAAAAAAAAAAAAAAAAACACGUAAAUCAUAUAGGCUACAGUAAACUCCAAAAUCAGAGAGACCGUAGAAGGGCUUAUCAGUGUGGAAGUUGAAUGGUACAGAAAUGAGGAGAUACCUCCUUGUUGAACUAUUAAAGAGAUUAGCCUUUGUUAAUUCACACUGUCACUGCCUGAUAUGUUGCUGUAUGUGCCCUAUGUUUCACAUAUGCUGCACAUGUUCUAACAGUAUGCUACAUUUUGUUCUUGUGACAUUAUCCUGUGUAUGCAUGUGUAAUAAUAGGCAUCAAUAUGGAGUCGGUUCCCCCCUUUGCAAGUAUAACAGCUACCACUCUUCUGGGAAGGCUUUCCACAAGAUUUUGGAGUGUGUCUGGGAAUUUUUGGCCAUUGAUCCAGAAGAACAUAUGUGAAGUCAGGUUCUUCCACAGCAAACUCGCCCAAAUGUCUUUAUGGACCUUACUUUGUGCACUGGGGUCCAGUCACGCUGGAACAUAAUAGGGCCUUCCUCCAACUCUUCCCACAAAAUUGGAAGCAUAGAAUUGUCCAAAAUGUCUUGGUAUGCUGAAGCAUUAGGAAUUCCCUUAACUGGAACUAAAAGGCCUAGCUCAACCCCUGAAAAACAACCCUAUACCAUUAUCCCUCCCAGCAAACUCUACAGUUGCCACAAUGUAGUUGGGCAGGUAACAUUUUCUUGGCAUCCCCCAAACCCAGUCUUGUCCAUCAGACUGCCAGACAGAGAAGCAUUAAUUCUUCACUCCACAGAAGAUGUUUCCACUGUUCCAGAGUCUAGUAGCGCCAUGCUUUACACUACUCCAUCCAACGCUUGGUAUUGCACUUAGUGAUGUAAUUGGUCAUGGAAGCCCAUUCCGUGAAACUCCCGCCAUACAGUUUUUGUGCUGGGGUUAAUGGUACAGCAAGUUGGGAACUCUACAAUUAUUGAGUCGGCAGAGCGUUGAAGACUUUUACGCACAAUGCGCCUCGGCACUCUGUGACCCCACUCUGUUACCUUACGUGGUCUGAGGAGGAGUUUCUUUUGUUCCUAAAUGCUUCCACUUUGUGAUAAUACCACUUAACAUUUGACCGUGGUAGAUCUAGGAGGGAAGAAAUUUCACUCUUUUAUUGCUAUUCUAUGACAGUACCACACUUGAAUUCUCUUGAACUCUUCAGAACGACCCAUUCUUUUACAGAUGUACGUAAACCUGACUGCAUGGCUAAGUACUUGAUUUCAUACACCUGAAUGCAGUUAUUAGGACGUAUAUUUCAGUACUGUUGUUCAUGUAGUAUAUGUGUUAAGUUGAAAUAAAUGUUUGGCUCAUUCA